AUGGUGCUGCUUGAUACGGCCAACCUAACGAAAGCGAGCGGUCUGUGUAAAGGCCCGUUCUAUAACGAUUCCAAGAUUGAAAACCGCAAUAACGUUACGCUUCGGAAGAUAUUUUUCAAUCUGUGUAAAGGUUGUCAACUUGAGAUUAUGGCUUCAAUCCCGCCGUCUGCAUUUUCUGCAAGGCGCAUACGCGAAACCCAGCACAAUAUGAAGUUGUCCAACACAAACAAGGGAAACGAAUCGAAAAAGUUCUUUGCUGAAACAUUCCUGGAGUUAUCGCCUUUGAAGUACAACAGUAAAUUAAUGAACAGCAUUUGGGGCCUAUACAACCGCUAUUCUCCGCACAAUGUGAAGAAAGUCAACGAUGCCCUCAUUCACACGGCGGAGUUGCAGCAAUCAGCUGCCAACUCCAAUACUAAGACUGAACCCAUGAUCAGUCUGCCAUCAACCAAACUUGACAACGUUUGGGCCACCAUCAACAUUACACCAUCUCAUUGA